AGUGUGGAAACCCUGAUUUGCAAUCGAAUGUCCUCCUCCGCUCUACAGAAAAAUGACGAAAGGCAGAGUGGUGCUCCUCCCGAUCCCCACCGCCGGCCACAUCAUGUCCAUGCUCGAGUUGGCCAAACUCCUCCACCGCUAUCACUUCUCCGUCACCAUCCUCGUCGCCCCUGUCCCUGCCUUACCCGUUGACGACUGUAUCGCCACCGUCGCCGCCUCCGGCCUCGACAUCGAUUUCUGCCAUCUCCAGCCCGUCGAUCUGCCCAACGACUUCGACGGACCCGAGGAUUUCAUAUCCGCUUACAUGGAGGAGCAAAAACACCUAAUCAAAUCCGUGGUCCAUUACCUCUUGCGCUCCGGCGACGCCCCUUUGUCAGCUCUAAUCGUCAACUUCUUUGCCACCGGUGCGAUCGACGUCGCGGCCGAUCUGGAUGUCCCUUGCUAUGUCUACUUCGCCUCCAAUGCCGCCUUCCUCGCUCUUAUGCUCUAUCUCCCAACCCUCGAGGAGAAGUUCAACCAGGAGUUCGAGGAGAUGGAAGAAGAGGUGAGGGUACCGGGCGUGUGCCCCAUCCCGCCGAUCUCGAUGCCGUCGCCCUUCUUGAGGAAGAAGAGCGGGAGGUACACUUGCUUCGUCCACCAUGGUCGGCGCUACUCUGAGCUUAAAGGCAUCGUGAUCAACACCUUCGUGGAUCUUGAGCCUGCGACGCUGCGGGCGCUGGAAGACGGUCUCUGCGCGCCCGGCCGUCGGACCCCGCCGGUGUACCCCGUCGGUCCGCUGAUUGCGCGCGAGGACGGUGAGAAAAAUAGGCAGCACGAGUGCGUCGUGUGGCUCGACGGGCAGCCGGCUCGCUCGGUGGUGUUCCUCUGCUUCGGGAGCAGAGGCUGCUUCAACGCGGUGCAGGUAGGGGAGAUAGCGGCGGGGCUGGAGCGUAGUGGGUCCCGGUUCUUGUGGGCGCUCCGGGUGGAGUCGGACGAGGCGUUCGGGAUACCGAAUCGGGAGGAUGCGAGGCUGGAGGAGGUGCUGCCGGAGGGGUUUCUGGAGCGGACGAAGGCGAGGGGGAUGGUAUGGCCGUCGUGGGCGCCGCAAGCGGGGAUACUAGCUCACCGGGCAGUGGGGGGAUUCGUGACGCACUGCGGGUGGAACUCGUGCCUGGAGAGCCUGCAGUGCGGGGUCCCCCUCCUGGGGUGGCCGCUGCACGCGGAGCAGCAUUCGAACGCGGUGGUGAUGGCGGAGGAGAUGGGGGUGGCGCUGCAGCUGAAGGUGGAGAGGGCGAAUGACAACUUUGUGAAAGCGGAGGAGUUGGAGAGGGGAGUGAGGACGUUAAUGGGGGAGAGCGAGGAAGGAAGGAGAGUGAGGGCCAAGGCAGAGGAGACGAUGGCGGCGGCUAAGAAGGCAAGGGAAGAAGGUGGAUCUUCCUUGGUAAACAUGCAAGCCCUGGUGGAGGAGCUGCUCCUCAGUUCAGUUCAGUUCAGUUCAGUGAAAUGAAAUGAAAUUGGAGCCGAACGGCAAAGGCACUGCAGAAAAGAAUUCAGGAUUGGACAGUAAGGACAUAGUUGUUUUUCCUACUGAAUUUAGACAAAAUAAACUGUUACCAAAACUCAUCACGAUUCAUGUUCUUGAAUUUCCUUUAGAGUGUAUCUAAAAUACAUAUUCAGUGAAACUUGUGCUGUUUUCCUAAAAAUUAAUGUGGCUUUGUUUAUUUGGGUUAA